CUCUUUUCGGGGGCGGGAGAAAAGCAAGGAGGGGGCAACACUUUAUUGCGGCACUUCAGCAAUAAAACGCUCCAAGCCGCUGCAGCUGACUGCGCAGCAACAACUGAAGCCCUUCUGCCCGGCAGCACCGCCCGCUCGCCCAAAAUCUGGAGCCUCCGGACUCCGGAGACAACUUCGCAAAGAAUUUCAGAGGAUUAGUCUUGCCAUGGCAUCUGAAACUGCAGAGACCGAAGAAACUCUCACGUGUCUCUUCAUGACCUUUUAUCAUCCAAAUCAGGAAGUAUUUGAUGACUUCAGCUUAGGCCAGCACCAGCGGGUUAGAGCAGAUGACGCAGUAAAGUUUGGCAGAGAUGGUAAUGUCUGCCAUUUUACCUUACCGGAUGGACGCGUGUCCCGCAUUCAGUUUGCCCUACAGUUCUUCAGACGGUACAACAGCACAGAGUUUGAUUUUGAGAUAAAGAAUUUGAGCAAAAAGGUGAAUCUAUUUGUGAAUGACAUAAAACUGUCCUACCUGAACAAGGUUGACCUACCGGAGAACUGCACCCUUUGCUUUGGAGAGUAUGAGAUCCUUAUGGAAAAACAAGGAGGACGAUCAGAAGAUUACUUUGAAAUUUGCUUUAAAUUGUCUGAUUCUUCAUUGCUGCUGGAUAGAAACGUGUCUUUUCAUCAGCCUGUACCCGAAUGUGGCAUUUCACGUACUGACUCCCCAACAGAGACAGAUGAGAGAGAAUGAAUGGGAAAAAUCUCACCAAGUCCAGGAAGGUGCUAUAAUAAUCAGCACCUUUUUCUUGCUGGAUUUCUCACUGGACUUUAUUCUGUUUUAAGGUGCCAUGAUUAAUCAUUGUAUUUAAUACUAUGCUGUAUGAUUAUUAUAUUGCACUGUGGCUGUUACAGGUUCUCUGGGCUCUGUAGCUGUGGUUUGGUGGUUGCGCCAUGGAGAGAAACGCAUCUUACUGUACCAUGCCUAUGAAGAUGCCAACCCUAGAGGUGGGACAAAAUUUUAGGAGCAAAAAUGACCAGACUACGGCCACACAGCCCAGAAAGCCCACAGCAGCCAAUCAUGUUGGAAAUUCUCCGAACCCAUGUAAGUGGGAGGUCGGGGUGGGUCCUAAUAAAUCAAACAUUUAAAAAUAACUGGUAGAGUCCAUAUCUGUAGAAAGUUGGUUCAUUUGAAAUGUGGUGUUGAAGGAGAGUUUUAUGGUUACCACAGGCUACC